AUGGACCGGACGAAGAUGUUUAGACCCUUCCUCUAUCUCUUUCUUCUGUCUUGUUUCCCUAGCCUAGCCCAGGCUUUGAAAUUCCCACAUUUUCAGAGAGGUUCCAAUGUAGUUCCAGUUGCGCCAAAGGCUGCCGCGGAGCUAACUUCCUUAUUGCAUCUGGACAACGUGAAAAGGAAUGAAAUAUUUUCAGAGGCUAUUCGGCUACUCGACUCUAUGCAGUCCUCUUCUUCUUGCAAUCAGCGCGCCGUCACGGACCUACUCAUGUCUUGUCAGGCCUUGGAAGGUAACCAGAGGGAGCACGACCAAGAUUUUUCCCUUCAAUUAGACCAAUUCAAAUCUUUAUAUGCCGCUAGGCUGGCGGUGUGCGAGCUUAGGGGCGCGGGAGCAACCGUUCCUGACAAGUGCCUACCCAUUCUUAACUCGUCCAAAGAAAAUACCGAACCUCAAUUUCAUGAAACCUUUCAUCGCGGCUCCAAGGAGCACCGCGGCGUCCCUGCUCAGCUAGAAUCCUGUCUUCAUUCUUUAGAAUCCAGGCCUCAGUGGUGGACGAGUUACAGCAACAACCGUCAGAAUGCAGCUGUUAUGUGCCAGGCAGCACGCUUUGAUAUAGAACGAGACGAGCUGCUAAAACACCACAGGAAACUUGCUAAGAUUACAUUUGGGCUUACUGAAUCUUUGAACCAGUCACUGACUGAUGCUGCAAAUGAAGCGGUCAAGCAACAUGUUUUUCUGAAUUUGAUUAAUGAUCUACGUUCAAGAAUAAUCGCUGACUUACAGGAUGUCGACGUUACCGCUCGCACCCGGUUUGCGUCAUUUGUUAGUGAAUUGGAGGUGCAAAUACGUCAAACGAGUUCGGAGACGAAGGAGUUCAUGGCCGAUAUCCUCUCAGAUACAGGACUGCUAUCGAAGGACAUCCGUUCGUCGAUUCAGUCGAUCCAGGAUUUAAAGGAGAGGGUAAACGAGGCCUACAUCGAAUUGAUGAAAAGGAACUCGGAAUCCGCAGCCGCAGCACAGGAAAACCAACAGGCAAAUAUUGAAGUAGUCUCAGCGGUUCGGCAGUCUCUAGAUCAGGUUAAAGAUCAAAUUCAGGUCCUCAACAAUCAAGAAUUCAGCCUCCUCCAUUCCUCACUUCGAUCUUUGAAUGGGUUGAUAUUUUCAAUGCACCAGAAGCAAACUUCUUUAGACCAGGUAUCCCUACCCUGA